GGGUAAGACUUUUGGAGGCCUUGUUUUAUUUUUUAGUGUUUACCUAAAUAUUCUUGCAUUUUAUUCAUUCUAAAUUGAAUCUAUUUUAUACCUAGGUAGGAUUGUAUUAUGUUAAUGGCUACAUUUAAAAAAAAAAAACAAAACCGCUUGUCUGAUACCAUAGUGUCGUUGUUAACAACUGAACUUCUAAAAAUCCCACUUAUAUAUUUUUUUAUCCUAAUAGCACGUUAUCAUUUGUAAACUAGAACAUAUUUAAUUUUGGUUCCUGUUGUUCAUGGUUACAUGAAUAUAUAUUACAGCACAUUCUCAUCCCCAGUAUUACAGUGUAGUAUAGAACUGUAUAGAUAAGUAGUAUAGGUGUUUAAUUAAGGAGGAAAAAAGCUCUAGAGUAGUUUUAUUUUCCUGAAAACCUGAAAGAGUAAGCUGUUUUGUCAGAAUAAUGGAGAGCCGUAUAAUUUGCUUUGAAUUAAGCCUAAUGAAAGAUGUUGGAGGAAGAUAUUAAUGAAACUGGAUUUUCAGCUUAAUAUUAUUGUGAAAUUUGAGUCAGCUUCUAAAUUCUUUAUCAAAGUUUAAUAUUUUUUGUGCAUGUUCUCAUGUAUCUAAAGAAGCUAGAGACGUAAAGCCCAUUAAUUUGCAAAAUUGAAUGGUAAAUUUUUAAACAUUUACAAAAACUACAAGUUUGAUAUAUCAUCCAAAGCAAAAUAUUUAAAUCUUAUUUUUUGUUGUUAAUGUUUAAAAUGUAAGCAAUUCUUAAAUUUUAGUUAUGUUUAAUUUCAUUUUGCCUAACUAACGUUUCAGGUAGCCAUAGUUUACAUCUCACUCCAUUUAAAAAAAUAUUCUUUCAUGUUUGGUGUCCUUUUUUUUUGCUCUAUUACAACAGUAAGCUAACAAAAGAACAUUUACCCUACGUUCUUCCUCUGUUGCACAGUGACUGUUAAUAGAUUAUUGAAUUUAGAUAUAUUUUGAGGUGAAAAUUGCUAUGGCAAUUUAAAAUUAUUUUUACUUUCGUCUCUGUGUAUUUUGAUUCUUUUGUUUGGGGCAGGGUAAAUAAAUUUGGUGUCUUUAAAGUCCUUUUUUCCCCCUCUCUGGAGAUGAGAAAGUUGAUAUUAUGCUACUUUGCUGCAGAAUUGGCUAAUUUCCUUUUACAGGGACCUUUCACUUCUGUGAUUUCUCCUUCCCUCCCCACCAGGAAAGAAUGCCAUACUUAAGUCACACUGCCUCCGAGACAUCUGAUGCUUUGACACUCUUCCUUAGCACAACUCUGCUAAGCCCAAAUCCCUUUUGUAAACCUUUAUGUUGAUGAUCCACAUGGGGCAGCAGGGAUUACAGGUGCUACAAAUAAAAAUAGGAGGGGGCAAGGAAUUUGAGGCCUGUUAGAGAGGGGUGAGUUGAGAUGAACUGAUCCUAGGUGAGCAGAGGGGAAAGGUAUGUCAGUGAUUGUGAAUGUAUUUGGAAAAGGCAUCCCUGUUGGGAAGAAUAAGAAGCAGAAGAAGGGAGCCAGUCGGGGGGACUCUUUUCAAUUUCAAUGUCUUAAGAAGCUGGUUGUUAAAAAUUGCUUUUCUCUUGGGGACCAGUCAGUGUUGAAGCAUCCUGAUUCCCCCUAGAGUACCUCUGUCUUUUCUAAAGUUGUCUUUAAUUGCAUUCUGUAAUUUUUAAAAAAAUAUUACAAUGGAGUAUUCUUAUAUCAACACGCUUAUGAUAUUUCUAGGUUAUUUAUUCUCUGUUGAUGCUUAGUAGCAUGAUGAAAAACAGCAGUUUGUGCUCUCUGAGUUUGGGGGGUGGGGGUGAUUUUGUUUUAUUUUCUUUUGAUGGAAGUACUUAAGCCAAAUUAAAUAUGAUGACUGAGGAUUAAGUCUGGCAGGCAACUCUUUGUAUUUUGUAUUAGACUUCAAAAUCUUUUCUUCUUCUUCUUCUUUUUUUUUUUAAAUCCAGGAGAAUGCUUUAUUGCAACUUUUAGCUGACUAGAUGCUUAACUUAGUAACAAGUUUAGCCCUUGUAACUGGCUAGCUAAAAGCAAAUCGGCUUGUUUCUCAGAUCUUUGGGGGAUAGCAAGAAACAUUUGAGUGAAUGUUGUUGAAGAUUUUCAGUAGUAUAGAAAAUGAUGGCGCUCUUGUGAUAUUUGUAAGUACAAGCAAGGAUUUGGCACAGACAUCCUAUUUCAUGGCUACCAACAGUCUACAUCUUACAACCUUCUGUCUUCAGUACAAACCAACAGUGAUAGCAUGUGUAUGCAUUCAUUUGGCUUGCAAAUGGUCCAAUUGGGAGAUUCCUGUGUCAACUGAUGGAAAACAUUGGUGGGAAUAUGUGGAUCCUACAGUUACUCUAGAAUUACUAGAUGAGUUAACACAUGAGUUUCUACAAAUAUUGGAGAAAACGCCUAGUAGGUUGAAGAGGAUUCGAAACUGGAGGGCUAAUCAGGCGGCCAAGAAACCAAAAGUAGAUGGACAAGUAUCAGAAACGCCACUUCUUGGUUCAUCUUUGGUCCAGAAUUCCAUUUUAGUAGAUAGUGUUACUGGUGUGCCUACAAACCCAAGUUUUCAGAAACCAUCUACAUCAGCAUUCCCUGCACCAGUACCUCUCAAUUCAGGAAAUAUUUCUGUUCAAGACAGCCAUACAUCUGAUAAUUUGUCAAUGCUAGCAACAGGAAUACCAAGUACCUCAUAUGGUUUGUCAUCACACCAAGAAUGGCCUCAACACCAAGAAUCAGCAAGGACAGAACAGAUGUAUUCACAGAAACAGGAGACAUCUUUGUCUAGUAGCCAGUACAGCAUCAACUUUCAGCAGGGACCUUCUGUGUCACUGCAUUCAGGAUUACAUCACAGACCUGACAAAAUUUCUGAUCAUUCUUCUAUUAAGCAAGAAUAUACUCAUAAAGCAGGGAGCAGUAAACACCAUGGGCCAAUUUCUGCUACUCCUGGAGUAAUUCCUCAGAAAAUGUCUUUAGAUAAAUAUAGAGAAAAACGUAAGCUAGAAACUCUUGAUCUGGAUGUAAGAGAUCAUUAUAUAGCUGCCCAGGUAGAACAGCAACACAAACACGUGCAGUCACAGGCAGCCAGCAGCAGUUCUGUAACUUCUCCCAUUAAAAUGAAAAUUCCCAUCACAAAUACUGAAAAACCUGAAAAAUACAUGGCAGAUAAGAAGGAAAAGAGUGGAUCGCUGAAAUUACGGAUUCCAAUACCCCCCACUGAUAAAAGUGCCAGUAAAGAAGAACUGAAAAUGAAGAUAAAAGUCUCUUCCUCAGAAAGACACAGCUCUUCCGAUGAAAGCAGUGGGAAGAGCAAGCAUUCCAGCCCACACAUUAGCAGAGACCAUAAGGAGAAGCACAAGGAGCAUCCCUCCAACCGCCACCACCCCAGCAGCCACAAGCAUUCCCACUCACAUAGUGGCAGCAGCAGUGGUGGCAGCAAACACAGUGCUGAUGGAAUACCACCCACUGUUCUGAGGAGUCCUGUUGGCCUGAGCAGUGAUGGCAUUUCUUCUAGUUCCAGCUCUUCAAGGAAGAAGCUGCAUAUCAAUGAUGCAUCUCACAACCACCACUCCAAAAUGAGCAAAAGUUCCAAAAGUUCAGGUAGUUCAUCUAGUUCUUCCUCCUCUGUUAAGCAGUAUAUAUCCUCUCACAACUCUGUUUUUAACCAUCCCUUACCCCCUCCUCCCCCUGUCACAUACCAGGUGGGCUACGGACAUCUCAGCACCCUCGUGAAACUGGACAAGAAGCCAGUGGAGACCAACGGUCCUGAUGUCAAUCACGAGUACAGUACAAACAGCCAGCAUAUGGACUACAAAGACACAUUCGACAUGCUGGACUCGCUGUUAAGUGCCCAAGGAAUGAACAUGUAAUACAUUUGUUUAGGUCAAUUUUUCCUUUACUUUUUUAAUUUAAAAAUUGUUAGAGUGGAAACUUCCUCCUGAUCUAGCAGUGGUAACACCUGCUGUUGCUGCCACUGCUUCAAUAUUUGUAAGUGCUGCUUUAUUCUUCAUUCUGAAAAGAAGAGAUUAUAGUAAACAAGUCUUUAUCUCCACAUAUGAUAGUGUUAUAAAUACUGUAAAAGCAUGGAAGGUGCGAAACUCAGUAUUUCUACAAUUGCAGCUAAGAACAUUAGGAUGAAUGGCUGGCUGCUUUUAGAAAUAUAAGAUGCCUCAAGCAUUCGUUAUUUAUAAUUUGAAUACUGUAGCUAUUUGUUGUUGUUGCUUGGCUUUUUGAAUGAGUGUAAAUUGUUUUCUUUUGUGUAUUUAUAUUUGUAUGUAUGAUUUGCAUGUUUCAAUGAUAAAGGGAUAAAACAGUAUACUGACAACUGUUUACAAGAAAGUGGAGAAAAAUGUACAUACAUUUUUGUAUGUUUAGAUAUUACCAUAAAUACUCAGGAUUGGAGCUGCUUGUAAGUAUAACAAUAUACAAAAUAACUUUAUUUUAUCUUGUCAGAGUCCAUCACUAAUCUAAAACAAAGGUGGCACUUUCUCAUGUUAACCUUAAACUCUAGGCCUUACUGGAAGCCACUGAAGGGGGACACUUCACUACCAGAUGGGUAUGCGGUGCCACAGAUGGUCAUACACACUGCGAGGCACUGAACUUUUGCCUUCAGAGGUUCUGACCAGCUUGGCUGCUGAAAUAGCCCCUGAUUUUCUGAAGGCUUGAAGAGGGAAAAAAUAAAAGUUUACAUACUCUUGAUGUGAAGUGCAUUUAAGUGUUUGUUGGCUUGUGGCAGUACUAUAAACACAGAGCUGUUAAUAAUGGUUGUGUAGAUUACUGUGAUUUGAAAACUAAAUUCACAAAACUUACAUAGUGAAGAAUUAGGUUUUUUCCUUGAAUAAAGAACUUUAACACUACAUAUUUCAACAGUAAACAGGAAUCGCUUUUCCUUUAGCGUUCAGAAUGGCACCGUAUUCUUAAACGUCCUCCUCCCGUGAAGCGUGUUUGUGUGUGAUGCCAUAUUUCUUUUUCAGGUAAAUGCAGUCUUCCUUAUAAAAAUGAAAUUAAACCUAUUGCUCUCUCACUUCUUUUAUAUUCUAACAAUAAAUAAAAAGAAAAGAUCACUGACUGUGCAUUGUACCUGUACUUACAGCUUCUGGUUGUUAUCAGGAAGCUCUGAGAAAAAAGAGUCAGCCUCCAUCCAGGUGAACAGCUAGUGGAGGUUUUACAUUUAUUUGCACAUCUCAGUAUAUCUGUUGGGGUCAAGUUUGCACAGUCAUCUGACUUCUGAACAAAUGAUAGACUUUAACUUGUUUAAACUUUGUCUUAAACACUAGUAAUAUGUCUGGUUUAUCAGCUAAUCUUGAAUUUAUUCUGUGGUAAAUCUUUGAGCUGUUGAGUAUCUUUGAGAUGGGUUGAAUUCAACUUCUGUUGAACUAAAAACUGUCUUAAUUUUUCCUCUAUGUAUAUGAAUUAUUUUUGUUACAAAGCCACUGAUAUGUGCACAAUUGUAAUUUUACUCAAGUUUGUUGCAGUUGUAAAUAUUAGAGAGUUUAAUCUCGUGCUCUACUUUUAUUUAGCAAUUACCUAAUUUGCCGGUAGCUUUAUGAUUUUUUAAAGAUAAUUGUUUAUUAUUUUGUCAAUGUUAUUUGAACUUAGGAUGCUAGGACCUUCUUUCUAGGGACUUUGCAUAGCUAGCAUGUCCUAACAUUUGUUCUUGUCUUGCAUAACUUUAGUAAUCUUUGUCAUUACAUGUAACUUUGUUGCUCUGUAUGGCAUAUUAUUGUAUCCAUAAACAUGGUAAUUUUGAUACAGUUAUACUUUUACAGUGGUACAUAAUCCAAGGACUAGUAUAGAAUUAAGCUGAGUGCAAGAUGAGGGAGGGAAGGGUUUUGUUCUUGGUAAUUUAGAUGUGAAACCUCUAAGGAGUUAUCAUGUGAAAUGACAUAGGGUGGUUGUGCUACUGUACAAUUGGGGAUGAUAAUACCAGGAGUUUUAAUAAGAUUUUGUAAAGAGUAUCCAGAAAAGUAGUGAACUUAUUUUCAGUAUGACAUAGAAAACAAUGUGAAUAUUUAAGGUCUGUGACUCUACUUAAAACUUCACUAAGAAUUUGCAGAAUUGUUUUGAGAUGUGGGAAUAAAGGUAAUUUUGUUGAAUCUUUAUUGGUGCUAAUGAUGGACAGUUAAAAAGGUAGCUAGUGUAUAUUGUUAUGGGUCAGUACUUAUUAGUACUUCCAAAAUGGAAUUUGAAAUGCUAUGUAUUCACUUUUCACUCUGUAAAUGUAAUUCUUUACAAUGACUUUAUUUAUUAAAGGGCAGCCAGUUGUAAUUUUUACAGGAUUGUGUGAGCUAUUCAAACUCUUUAACCUCUGAACAGGAUAUUAGCUUCCACAACCACAAUGGGGAUAAAUAUAGAAAUCCGUUUUAGGUUUCUUUUCCAUUAAAUGAAAACCCUUAUAAUUCAUAUUACCAUGAAUUUGCUUUAACCAUCUCAUUUGCAUAAAUUAGUUCAUCAACCUGGUCCCAAUAGGCUCAACCAAAGAAAAAGACUCCAAUGAAUGGACAUUAUUACUGAGUCUUCUUGUAAGUAGCCAUAGAUAAACCAAAAUAGUAUCAUCAAAUUUAGGUAUGAAAUUCCACAUGUGCAAAGUACUGUUAAGGUGAUACAUUUUUGAUGAGAUUUUUUUUUAAUGUUUGAAAUAUUAAAAAGCAUUAUCUUUAAAUAUCCUAUAAAA